UUCUCCACCCGUAAACAUUCCACAAAAUAAAUAGAUAACUAUCGUCGUCCGCUUAAAACCCUACCGCCCUCGAGUCCCUCUGGUCCUCAAAGUCAUAUCCCCGCCAUCAUGACUGCCGCCUCGAAGCUUCUUUGUCUGACCUCAUCGUUUUCCUCUGGGCUCGUCUGUCGGCUCAUUGCACCAUCUCUGCUCCUCCCGUCUCCUCUGCACCGCCGCGCCAACCUCUUUCUCCCCGUCCCGCAUCCCCUUCCCCCACGAGCUCAACUCCCCAUUCUUCGUACCUUCACCACCAGCUCCAUUGCGGAGUUCGGUCCAGACGCGCCUCCUUUGAACACCAAGGAACCUCCCUCAUCUUCCCAUCCGUGGCCUGAGUGGGAGAGAUUCAUCGACAAGUUGAGUGCAAAUGGUUACUUUGAGCCUUCCACCUCUGUGGUUCCAAGUGGAGACGUGGAUGGUUCCGCCGCCUAUGGGCCUGCGGAAAUGGAGGUCAACCGUGUUAAGAAUGCCUGCCUCAAGUUUGCUCGAGAACGAUUUGACAUUUUCAGCUCUCUUCCUAGAGAAGACAUUCAGGCUAUUGUUGAGCAUGGUUGCCCUAAUGUAUUUCGCAAAGCAGUCAAUUCAGCAAAAAGGUUGAGGGCAUAUCUGCAUCUUGAUGAAGGGGCUGUAUGUAGUGUUUGUGAUCUAAGAGGAUCAUGUGACAAAGCAUAUAUAAUACCAGUUGAUGGUGAAGGACCACGCACUGUGGAUGUCGUACGGAUUUUAUUUAGUUAUGCAAUGAAUCCAAAGCAAUUUUGUGUGUCUGAAAGCUCGCCUGUCAAAGAGCACAUCCAAAAGUCUGCAAGAAGUCUACUCUUUGAGCUUAUUAAGCUCAGUGAUACACCCAUUGAUUCAUCUAUUCUAAAACAAGUUGUGAAGCUUCCUACUCCAAAGGAAACAUUUCCAAAGAUCAACAGCAACCGAAACAGAGCAUCCAACAUUGAAAUGAAGCAAGGUGACUGGUUAUGUCCAAAUUGCAAUUUUCUCAAUUUUGCUCGAAAUCUUCGUUGUUUGGAGUGCAAAGAAGAUGGGCCAAAGAGAGUGAAGAUGGACUCUGGUAAUGAGAUGAAGAAGGGAGAUUGGAAUUGCCCUAAGUGUGAAUUUAUGAAUUUCGCUCGCAAUAGGAAGUGCUUUCGUUGUCAGGAACAACGCCCCAAAAGAGAGUUAAAUAAGGGCGAGUGGGAGUGCCCCUCAUGUUAUUACAUCAACUUCCGUGGAAAUGAGCUCUGCAAGAAGUGUAACCAUGAUCGUCCUGAAGAUGAAGGAAAUCUGUUUGAUGAUAACCUCUGGAGGUCGCAGAUGAAGACAACUAAGGAUACCAUAAAAUUUGGAGACAGAUGAUGAUGAUAUCCUGUCUCUAGUGGAAGAAAGCAACAUUGGAGCGAGAAGGGCAACGACAGCCCAGAGAAGAUUGACCUCUUCAAGGAACUGGAGUCGCGAAUAGAUUGUCAUUCUCGAUGCCAAACGCAUUAUAUCUUCCUGAUAUAUUUCGUAGCUUGAUAUGAAACCCAAACUGAGAGCGUUUGUGUGGUAACCGUGUUCUUUUUUGUAAAAUAAAAACUCAUCGAUGAAAUGAUUUUUAUCAAGUAGAAUGAAAAAAAUAUUCUAAUACAGAUUAA